UACGGAAUUAAGAAUGUAUGAAGUUGUUUGUAGCAGCCUGUCCUGGCGUGGAUGGAUGCAUAAUCAUCUAUUAACGGUGUGUUCGUAGUAGAUUCAGCGAGUAGUUGAAUAGUGAGUAAUCUUUAAUACGAACGUGUUGUUAUUGAAAACGACCGAUUUUCUGGGCACAUGAACUGUUAUUGAGAACGUGGCAAUGGUGAUUUGAUGUGAAACAUCAGUUAAGAUCCAGUUGACGGCCAUCUAAAAUGGAUGGGAUGAAUGAUCCGCUGUUGGCUGAAAAGUUGAAUCUGCUCAGCGAGAUGGAAGACAGGAUCCGCUCUAAGAAUGCGUUUAUUGCCAAACAAUCUGUUGAGCGGUCCACACACGACACACUGGAUGGCGAUGAGCAGUUAUACACAUCGAAGGCUACACCUCUUCGUGAUAGGGUCCAUUUUAUUUUGCAGCAACGUGAGACGAGAGGCUUUCUGUCAAAGUUGGCGUCGCAGCGAGAGCGGGCAACUUUAUUAUGUCUUAGUGAAGAUCCUGUGAUGGAUCAUCCCCUGAAGAUGAGGUUGAAGGCUCUCAUGAGGAGGAGAAGCAUCCAAUCAAAGGAAUUUAAUCUCCAUUCACCACCAUCACAAUCACCACCUACUCAAGACAAUGAGGUCGAAAGGGGCUUUGACUUCUUCCUUAGUUUGCUGAAUAACGGAGCUGACAUGGAAUGCAACAUUCCACUACCGCAUCCACAAAGAAGUGUUUCUCCACCAUCUCAUUGUGACCACGUGCGGCACAGCUCGAAGAAUUUCCACUGUUUUUCCCCUAAAGAAGUGAAUAUGGACCCUGACAGCGCACAAGGUUGUCCAAUGCCAACUGUGUGUCAACCAGCCUACCAGAAAAACGCAAGCGAGGACCCGAAGCACUUUCAUGGAUUACAAAAGAAAGCAAUGGAUAAGGUCCCUGACAUCAUUCCCACCCCUCUUCAAAGAAGUUCUCCCCCAAUUCAGAAGGAAAAUUUGAGCACAGACAUCCGCAAAAAAGAAGACGAGGUCCGUGACAUGCCACCAGCUGUUUCUCGACGAAGUCAUUCUCCAUCAGCCCGUCAUGGAAAAAACAGCCUCAUUGGAAAGGAGCUUCCUGAGGUGCCCAGGAAGGUACCAGAAAAGGUCCGUGAUGCUACUCCCCCAACUGGCCAAACUGCGUCUCAAUUGCCCUGUUCUGAAAAGGUCAACCAAGGCUUGGACCGUUUCGUGCGUUUGCUCCAGAAAGAAUUUGGCUUAAGGAACACUGUGAUGUCCACUCAUCCACCUCCUCCACGGAAAAGUCUUUCUCCUCCGAACAGAAGGGAUGAAGACAGUGGAGUCUUGAAAAGAGCCAUCAAUGAAGGAGAGGAGGAGAUCCCUCACAGGCCAUCAGCUCCAUUGCAGCGGAGUGUUUCCCCACUUGUCCAGAAGAACAGUCUCCUCCGAGUUCAAAAGGCCAUGCCAGCUCGCAGAGAAGCAAAGUCUCCUGACUCUGCACCUCCUGCGCCACCUCCCAGUGUCAACUCAACAGUCGCAGAGGACAAAUCAGAGAGAGGCUUCCAGCUCUUCCUCAGCCUGCUCAAUAAUGGAGCUGACAUGGUCCCAGACAUCUUAACUAUGCCUCGUCAUCGAAGUUCUUCCCCGCCACGUCAGAAGGACCAAGUCAGAGGCUUUCAUAAUGAAGGAGAGAAAGGGGACCCUAACCUCACGACUCCACCGCCAAAAAGUGUUUCUCCGAACAGAAGGAAAGAGUUCAGUCGAGGCUUAAAGAGACCCCUCGAUCCAGGAGCAGUGUCGGUCCCCAACGUCUCAUCAGCCCCACCUCACCAACAUGUGUCCCCGUCAACCAAGCAGGAGAAAGUCAGCAAAGGUUUCGAGUGCUUUCUCAGCCUGCUUAACAAAGGAGUAGACAUGGAGCAGCUCCAAAGGAUUGUCAAUGAGCCCAGGGAAAACCACCUGUCAGGAGUAACCUCAGACUUGAAUAUUGACACCACAAGCCAAGAGUGCAAAAGACGGGGCACAAAUGACCUGAUGUCCAGGGAUCAAUCGCCACAUCUAGGAGGGUCUGAGGCUGCUGUGAAGAGACAGAUAGACAGAGAAGACUGUUCUGGAAAACCUGGUUUUCAAAGUGAUUCUCUUCCGAUGAAAAAAUAUAAGGAUGACUCUGAUCAGACUGAGUCCAGUUUAACAUCCAGGACUGCCGUGAGCGUGGAAGCAAGGACAACAGCAAGAUCUCAUAGCUCCAGGUCACCUGUAGCAAAGGAAGAUGAAAGACAAACCAGGGCUGAAACAAAGUGCCCUCUAGUGGAGAAGAAGACAGGUAUAGAAAGUCAGCAUUUUAGUUCCCAAACAUUGAAAGACCAACACCAUCCAAGUGAUACUUUACACUUACAAAGCACAACUCCUGUCCAAGACAAAAGAGGCGCCGUGCAGAAAGCAAACAAAGCUGGUCAGGCGAAGCGUCCCAAGUCCCUUACCAGGGCAGCAAAAGCAAACACACUAGGACUUGAUGACUUUUCAAGGAGUCGAUCAAAGUCUCCCCUGCCAAGGAAAUCCAAAGGCAAAGCGAGCAGCAAAUCACAACACAGUUUGGAUUCCAGAAGUCGAUCAAAGUCUCCCUGGGCUGUGAAAAGUGAAGAUAAAUCGGUCUCUCCCGAAGAAAGGAGAAGAAGCCGACACAAGUCCCACUCUCCAGAGAAGAAAGUAGUGGAAGUGAAAGGCAGGUCGGAUGACAAGCAAGUGCAGCUGCAGAGCAUUCUAAGCUCCUUGGGCUUGGAUUUGGAAGCCAAAGAUCUGAGUGGGGUUGCAGCCCGUACGCAGGAGCGGCUUUAUGGAAAGAAGACAGACAAUAAGACUGUGAGUGGAAGCAGCCUAAAGCCAGAGGAGGAAGAGGAGAAACGGUCAGCAGACAAGAGUGGGCGGUCACGUGACAGGAGUCUGUCAAGAGGCAAGAGGCGCUCCCAUGACCGGAGGUCGUCUAGUGCAAGCCCUGACCGUACACGACCCCGUGACCAGCGUGAUUCCCGUGACCGGAGAAGCCCCUCUUGGUCACCACAGUCAAGAUCCCGGAGUCCGUGCCACCGCUUCUAUGACAGAAUUCACCAGGAUGCAGUCGAAAGGCUGCCUGUACAAAGUUAUGGCUAUUCCUACGGGAGUCUAGCAGCAGCUGACUGCAACCCGUAUGCUCCCGCUGGAGAACCCUCCGUCCAUGGCAUGGGGCAUGGCUAUGACUUCAGACGCUUCUCAGCCCCAGUUUAUCCAGCAGAUAGCUAUGGACACAUCAUGGAGUAUGCAGGUGGAAGUCAGCUGGCAUAUGCUCACUACCCCCCUUAUCCAUCUCAACAGUACUGUCAGCCGCCCGUCUACAACCCAGGGAACCCCUUCAUUCAGAACUUUCAGUAUCCUGCCUGCAUGCCGGCCUCCAGCCUGGGAUACCCACCGCAGCACCAGGAGGCAGUGAAUUUAGGCCUAAGGAAAGAAAUAGGGGGCAAAAAGAAAGAAAGCAGAUAAGAGGACGUUCAUUACGUUAGCUAGUUAGGAUUCAUAGAGCAACACUGACAGAGCGGCACAGUCGAACCUGCUUUACCACAGAAUCAGAUAAAUUUUUUUUUAUAAUGGAUUCAUAGUGUUAGAUUUUCAGCUUGAAGAAUGUGAGCAGACCCCUGUGCCUCAUGAUGGAUGGAAGCAUUUGUUCAAUGACUUCAACCAAGCAGAAUGGUUUCUUGUUUUAUACUCAUGUUGUAUUUUUAUUUGACAGACCUCUGAUGCUGAAGCAAAUUUUGUUGAAUUAUAUUUUUUAUUUGAAUUUAUUAUCUUAUACUCUUAAUAGAAAACAUGCCUCUUUUUAUGAAUAAAACUCUCAAUCGCGUUAUUGGUACUGAAACCAAGACACUACUUCCUGUACCGUUGUGGUCCAACUCUGUCCUGAGCUGAGCUUCACAAGUCACCACUGGAGUCCAUGGUGUCAUGGCAGAGCAGUUACCAGAGUUUCGCGCUUGCGUGUUGAAAUGCAACAAAAAACUUCAAGACAAGUGAGUCACUUUUGGUUUUUUUUUGUUUUUUUGUAGUUGUUGCUGUCAGUUCAAAACAGAAAACGUUCAAAACUUUCGAGCGAGGCGGCCAUUUUUUUUGUGAACUUCAACUCGACGCAACUUAAUAAAUGCUAACAUUUAACGUUAUGUUUUAAUGCAGAUUCCUAUUAAUUUUCUGUGGUAUUGGUUAUUGGUGACCUCUUAUCAAGAGGAAGCCAGCAGAGAUCACGAUAACAAUUGGACAGAGAUGGACUUUUAUUUUUUUAAAUUUUGAUAUCUACACCUGCAGUAAUUCAGAUUGAAUAGGUAAUAAAAACAUAACAAAAAGUCUAAUGUUCUAAAGGGUUCAAUCGUCUAACUAAAUUAUUUAUUAAUACUCUUGCUGUUGUCAAUAAACACUUAAUUUCCAGCAGGGCCAGACUCUCAUAAACACAAGUUAGUUAGUAGUACAUCCUCGAUUAGUAACUCAGUCAACAACAUCAUAAACCCACAGACAGAACAUAUCAGAAUAACUUAAACUCAUUGAAGAAUAAAUAUCCCAGUGGUUCAUUCACAGUUCGUCCUUCUGCUCUCCAGGACAAAGGCAAGCUGAUCUCUGACUGUUCAUGUACGGCCGGCAGCCCAGAGUCCACACCGUGUUGAACAAGGUGUCGGCCACAGUUUCACAGGCUGGAGACACAGACAAAGGGACGGGUCAGUGAACGCGUCACGCUACAUCAUAGCACCUGAAAAAUGAGAUGGUUGUUUUGCUUCUAGCUGAAUUAUUGAAUUUGUCAUUGGGUGUUUGCAAAGGUCAACGACGACAUGAGCGACAUUGUUAACCUUAACUCACACAUUCAUGACUAGAAGCGUACUCCGGAAAAUGCAGACCUCUGGAGUGUCAGAACAUCUGAGUUUCAUAAAUGUUUUCCAUGUGAUGGCUAAUUGUGAACACGGUACAAGGGCGGCAACAUGGAAGUGAUUGACAGGGAGGUAACCGUUUGUCCCUGACCGACAUUUCUGGAAGUUUUAUUUAAAUUUGUUGUAAAGUUAUUUUGCUUACAGUGACAUACACACCCUGCUAGAUCACAUCCUCUUUGGUGCUGUUGUCGCCUUGUGGUUUGUCAUGUUUGACAUUCUCAGCGCUUCUACAAGUUUGACUCACUUCCUGUUCUCCUCCUGUAAACUUGAGGGAGUGGCUCACUUUCAAGUCAUCUCAGGAACAUUGUGGACACCACCAUCACCACAUGUAAAAUGCAAGUUUUCAAAAGCAUAUUUUGGUUGGUUUAACAGCUCAGUGUCUCUGACACAUUGACUUGUUCCAAAGCCGGAGUGAAAUGUUAUCUCUGGUGUUGAGUUGACCGACUGGCCCCGCUGGAGGCCCAAACCGGCUCUGGUGCCUCCUGUCUUUUAGAGACCCGCUCACAAACUCACUUUCCACUUUGGACACGAAGCCAAGGCUCUUCUUCAGGUCGGAGCAGAUGCUGUGGAGGCACCAGCGGAACUUGGAGUCGCAGCGAUACUUGUUGGAGCCACACGUGUCGUAGCACAUAUCCAGCUGAUUACAACACUUGGUCAUGGCAGGGACUCCCAUGUCCAUCUGGAAACACAAGACACGUCACACACGAGGCUCCGUGUGAAACCAUGGGUGAGAUGUGACACUUUGGGUUGAGAUGAACCCAAGUAAUGUGUAGAUGAGGUUUCCUGAAACAGUGUCCUGAUUCACAGAGGCCACCAGAUGGCGCUGUCUGCUGUAAAAUGUUUGGACUUGAACAACUAAUUCAAUGAAACCUCACAUCAUUUCUUAACCAAGAGCUCCAUCUAGUGGAGAUUUGGACACGAUUUCGCGAUACCUCAUCUACCCAUCACUGAUGAACCCCCAUACAACAUGAUCUAUGGAGGUGUGUGCCACCAACUCACCCCUUCAGGGAUCGGCAAGCCGAAAAAGUAGGAGCCGCAGCCAUCGGGCUCUGGCAUCUGGUAGUCUGGACGAGGGACUGGGGCCCCGCCUGUGAAGUGGAUGUCAUAUCUGGUUCAGAAAAGUCUCAAGGAAGUCAAGCUUUCCAGGUAGUACGUUGUUUCACAAUGUCGGAAGUGGUCAGUUUUGGUUUGCACCACAGUGUCACGUGUGUUUCGGUGCCGUGUAACUAGAGCAGGUGUCACAUUAUCACCUGGAAAACGCAAUCAGGAUCCGUUCACAGUCCAUUUACCAGGACUAUGUCCAGAAGAUAGCAACCAUGAUAAACAGGCUUACAUUCAUAUCAAUACACACAAGUGCUUUUCUUUUCAAUUCUUGUAAUAGUUCAAAUAUUCCUCCAGUUUUCAUAGCCAACGCAAGUGACGUCAUGAAAGCCCGAGCUGUUUGCCCAAUUUCCAUGACGUCAGUCUCGAAUCCCACCCAAGCGAAACCCAUUUGAGGGUUUGAUUCCGAGGAUUGGGAUAUCAGUUACUGCAUCCUCUCACCAUGUUUGACAAGUCAAGUCCGAUAAGCUAACUUUUAGUUUUUUGUGAAUUCACUUAUGUCAGUUCAACCGCUCUGAUUUGUUCCAAAUAAAAACUUUCACCACACUUUUUAAACAUACUUCAAUAGAAAGCCAAACAAAGACUUGUUACCAUGACGACAGCGGUACUGGCAGACUCCAUCUCGCCCUCCCAUGAACUCCAGCAUGGAGUCGAAGUAUCCACUGACGGUCUCGAAGCCCCCCCUCAGAGAGUUCAGACCCCACUCCGGGUCCUCGCCUGCCCCCUCUGAGGCCUGAGCCGGUGGCGGCGGCGGUGGUGUCUGCCCAUCUGCCUCCUGACCGACCAGCCCGCGGAGGGUCAGGCCCAGCAGCAGGGGAGCCAAAAGAGCCCAGCGGGUCAUUCUGCUGCUCCGUACCACCACACUGUGAAGUAACACGCCCAGCGUGUGGCAGCUCAGCAAAGAGCCAUCCGGACUUUGAGACCGACGUGAUGACAAGCUCAGAUGUGGAGGAGCAAAGUCCAGCUUGUAUCUAGCUCUGUGUGCUCCUGAUCAAUGAGUCAGUCCGGACAAUCGCAUCAGCUGGCUGAUGACUGCAGUCACUCAGCUGCCAUUAAAACAUUUACACCGUCGUAGCGUAGAAAACUCCAAAUGACUAGUUCUGAAAUGUUGACUUCUUUCAAGAUCAGCUAGCCGAGUGUGGGGAUCAAGCAAGUUUCCUGAAAUGUGUAACUCUGUUAUUUUAUUUUAUUUUAUUUUAGUUUUUGACGUACUCCACGUACUUUCAUGCACAUUCCGGCAGACAGUCUGGUGCAGAGGUGGGCACUUGAAUUUCCUAAAGGGCCACAUUAUAAACUGCCGGUUGUGAGGGACCAUCAUACCAAAAGAAAAGCGGCGAUGACUCCAAAAUGUGACGGAAAAAAGUAAAUAAUAAGGACGAAAUGAACCAUAAAAGCGUCAAUGGAAGCAAGGAUAUUAAGAAGUGUAAAUAUGGCCUAAACCCUUUAAAAAUCUUUUUACAUGGAUUUGAUUUGAAUAGAAAUCAUAAUAAAACAAUGGACCAAACAUCGAAGAUGAAAAGGCAGUUUAUUUCAAAAUAUAUAUAUUUUGUUUUCUUUUUGUGGAAAAUACUAAAAUGACAAAUGAAAAGGAGAAACAAAAAUUUUGUCAUGGAUGUGUUGUGUUUACUGUUGUACUAGUCCUGGCUAAAACAGAAACACGAUUAAAAAAAUGACAACUUAUCGGUUGUAUAGUUUUCGUCUGACCCUAUGAAGGCCACAAAAACACAGGCAAAGGGCCGCAUAUGGGCCCCGAGCCACAUUCUGCCCAGAGCCUAGAGCUGCCAAUUCACCUGUGGAGUGUGCAGAGAAAACAGAUGUUUGUAUUUUACUAGCCCGUCAAUAUUACAUUGAUCUCGAGUCAAGCAUGUUGGAAAACAACCAGUUAAAAAUGCUAAUAAUAAUAAUAAGAUAACCUCGCAUGUACUUAUAACAAUAUAUGUAUAAUGAAUCAAUAAUGUACAGGUUUUUACAGACAGGACCUUGGUGUAGCACACGAUACAGCAAACCCACUUUGGUGUCAGAGGUGGGAUGGUCUCCCCUCAAAUGACUCAUUGGCUGAUGAAAGCAGUCUGUUAUUUUUCAUCUGCCUCUGUUGUGCUGGGCCGAUUGUCGCUCUUGACAUGAUCUAAAAGAGCCUUUUGGUCUGCUGGUAGUUCUGGCUGCUCAUCUGUCUCCAUGGACCCAACAGGCACUAUGAAAGAGCUGUUCUGCUGGUCAGCGUGGUCAUGCUCUUGGUAGUACUCCAGGGUUUUCCUCCUGAAGCAGCCCAUCUGAGGACAAAUGACAUAUGAAUCAGAAACAUCCAAUGCGCUAUUUGUUUCCAUGCUGCGCCUCGGGGGCUCGCACUGCUGUUAUGCUUUGCGAAGACCACCGCUCCACUUUAUUGACGUUUACCUUGGGUUCCAACUGACUUGUAAAUCCCGCACAUCCCAGGGCUGAAGUGAGGGAGUUUUUGCUCUGGGUGUGUUCUGCUAAACGUUCGCAUGCUAAAUGGCUACAUGUUUUCCGCUGAAGUCUCAGACAACUGCUCUGAGAGUUCACUGCAAAACCGUCUAUUCCACAGUUUGCAGUGAACUCACCGCGCAGCUGACCGUGAACAGAGGCCGAUAUCGGUAUCGGUAUCGGAGCCCAAUACAAAUACUGGAUGGGAUUGGUCCCAUCUCUAAUUCACAUGCCAUAAAGUGCUGACCACUGCACCUGAAAUUCAAAAAGAAUUAUUGGCAACACCAACGUACCUUAAACAUGAUGAUGGUGACGAUAACCAGAAGCAAAAAUCCCACGAUGGUCCCGGUGAGAGUGAUCAGGAGCUGAUCUGGUGCGAUGACGAACUGAAUACGGACUUCAGCCUGCGAAACGUCACAGUGCUCGUUCUCAUGUGCGAAUUACACACGCGUACAUCUGAGUUUCUUACCGAUUUCUGUGGCGGGUCCUCGCCCACACUCUGCAGAAAGACACAGUCAUUAACGUGAAAGACAGAAUUGUUGAAAAAAAUCAAUAAACUAAUUGAUAAUUCAGUUACUUGUCUGUUCGAGUCCAGCGCAAAUGUGUGUUUGUCGUAAUCCACAUGGAGGAAGCUUCUGAACUGGACCUCUGCUCCAUCGCCUUUGAAUCGUUGUAGGAAAGCGCGGGCCUGUGAAGUGGAGUGACUUGGUGUUUAUGUUUCUGCCUGUUGCCGUGGUUUCCGUGUGUGCUUACGGCUGCGCGCUCCUGGAGCUGCGUGAACUGGACUUCGCCGGUCAGAUUAAACUCAACGCUGGAUUCUUUCUCCAGGAGAAAAGUGUCACAUGUGAACAGUCUGCAGCGUUUGUCUGCAGAACAGUACUGUGGCAACAAAAGCAACAAAGGUCUUUCACAACACUAUUGGGAAACAACAACGUGGCACAACGGAGACUGACUUGAGAUUUCCCGUCACCGUCGUCCCUGCAUUGCGUCUGGCUCUGAAAAAGAGGCAGAGGUCAGACGUGUGGCCGUCCACACGCCAGCAGAAGUCUCCACCGUGAUGCCUCUACCUGUUUGACAGUCACUGCAUAGUUCUUCAUCUCAAAGUUAUGAGCCAGUUUAGUAGGAAAGAGCAGAGACACGUUGACAGGGAACGCCUUCCAACCAGGGUUGUUCACCUGAGCAGGGAGAAGUAGUCCAUUACUGUACUGCACUGAGUGCAUUACUUUUCACUCAUUCAGUGUAUGAUCAUGAGCAUGAUCUUGACUCUUCUAGUGAUUGGAAAAAAUUGAUUUGAUGGCUAUUUUUUUAAAGGAAAAGACAAUAAAUGUUUAAAUUCCGAGACAGCAAAGUGGUGCAGUGGUUUGUGCUGAUGCCCAACAGGUUCAAAGUUUCAGUCCUGUAUGCAGCAACUCUUUGAGUGACAUUAUGUGUUGUAUGUUCUUGGCUCCUGGCACUCUGAUUUCUUCCCACAGUGCUAACACACACAUUAGUUAGCAGUAAUAAUAAGUCAUAGAACGGAUAAUGAUUAAACUCACCAUGUAAACGGCUGUUAUGGUUUUAGCCCGGAAGUCUUCGUCUGUGAAGUCUAUGUAGUCGAUGUUGCUCUCUAUCCUGAGAAAGGAAAAUGUUCAGUGGAUUAUUACUGAAGUUGCAUUAUCCUUGUAUGAGGCUCUUUAGAGAGAAGAAGGACUUACACUGUCAGUUUUAUUUCAAACUGCACAGGGAGCUGCGUGGUGAGAGAUGAUCUGCUGGAGUUUGAGUUGUCACUGAGGAUGCAGAGUAACUCAGUCAUUUCAAUUCAAUUCAAGCAGAGUGAGUGGGAAAACUUGUGAUCGGGACCUUUUUCCAGUGACAGUAAGUGAGACCAAACUGUUCCACUCGAACUCAGUGAGGAUGCGAAAGGUGACUAGAAAGGUGGCCUUUGCAUAAAAGGAAACGCGUAUUGAUGAGUUUGAGGGUUUUAAAAAUAACAAUGCUGUGACGGUGACUCACCACUGAUCUGCUGCGAAAAACAGGGAGGCUGACACCACAUGUUGUCCGGUCAAUCGCAUCUAUGUCCUGGCAGCUGUGUAGUGUUGGUCCCACAGCCUUGAGAGACAAAAGAACUUCAUAAAUAAGGGAUUUCUUUUUGCAUCAGAUUUAGUAUGUACCUGCCGCGUCGCUGCAUCUGCUACGAUAUAUCGACUGAGCGUUUGUUCGCACGUGUCUGUGUGCACAUCUAUCUUUGUGAAGACCUCUCAUUGCCAUGACCCUUUCCCCAGCCUCUCUUCCUAAACCUAACCCUCCAAAACACAUGCCUAACCUUAACCAGGACUCUGAGCCAAACCAAAUUAUAAUAACCUUGUUAUUGUUGACAUUUUAACCCUAAAAAGUCAAUGUGAACUGACCAAAAUGUCCUCACAAGAUCAGUGUUUUGUCAAAGAUUGGUCCAUACAAGAACAUUAAUACAAACACACACACAUACAGUAUACACACAUUCAUUGACUUUCAUUAUUUCCACUGACUCCCACCUGGACCCAACCACCCAAAUCUACUGUAGCCUCCCAAAACAUGUGGCUAACCUCAACCAGGACUGAAACAAACUGAAACCCAAUAAUAAUGACGCUGUAAUUUUGAUGUGGUAAUCCUUAAAUUGAGGCUCAACCUCGCGGGGGGCCCGGCAAAAAUUCCCCACAAGGAGGUGUGUUACCAAGGAUUGGUAGAUUGGUGGUUGACUGAAGACGUAUGCAAGUAAAGCUACAAAAGUUUGCAGACACACAAACUGCCACACACCACAAGAACCUUCUGUCACCAUAGUUGCUACAGCAGAAACAGACCUCGCACCACCAGUUCUAACGGUCUUCCUGUUGUGGGAAUAGUAACAUCUACAUCUCUCAGAACAAGAACCACACAAUGAAAUGAAAUGAACACACCAGAAAGCGUGUAAUAGUUUACAUAUUCAGCACAUUAAAACAAAAAAGUACUUUUCCCUGAGCUUCUGCACAUGAGGUCACUGCCCAGAAGCCUGGUACUGGUUUCUAUUUGUUCCUUUGAAGAGGUUUGACAUGUGGAAUUACACCGUGUCUGUUUAAACAUUGGUGACACUUUGAUUGUACACGUUCAAUUCUAAACGUAUCACCUUGGCACAUGACACACAACCCUGCGUUGGAAGGUGCAGGUUCUUUGCAUGUUCCAGUUUAAGUUCUGCUUUGACUGAAAAGCACAUUCACUAAAAGUGCUAUGUUAAUAAAGUUUUUUAAGACACCUAAAUGUGUGCAUAAAUUGAAGAAGUUGUUUUUCUCAACAGAGCAAACGUGGGUUUUUCAGAGAAGGGAAGAAUGAACUUUCUGCCUCUUCGAGUGCACCACAACGGUUGAGUUGAAGCAGAGGUGCAUGAAACAUGAAAGCGCCUACGCAAACCCACCGUCAUUCUGGAGAAGGACAGGCCUGGCGGGUACAGGAUGGUGAGGCUGGUGUUGUACGAGUCAUCGCCUCGAUUGGACAAGGUAAUGGUCAUGUUGAAGGUGCUGUCCUCUGCCACCAUUAGCACUGGGGUCCUUAGAGGGAGAGUGGGAACAUCCACUGUCAUCCACUUUCUCAGCGUCAUGUGAAGCAAUGUACAUACGUGGUGUUGAAAUCCACCUCCAGUUCAGCGAUGCAUUUGAUUUUGUUUCUGCAUUCUUUCUUAAAAGGAACCUGAAACAAUUGUUUAAUGUUUUAAAAUGUGCUUUAAAAAAAAUCAAUUAAACUGAGCAGAAGUCUAUGACCAAAAAUGAUCCUAGACACACACCUCCACCAGAACUUCUCGCUCGCCGUCCACAUUCAGAACAGCGCUUGAUUCUUCGCUGCCCACUUGCCAAAAGUUUAAUUUGAUGCUGAUGGGUGACAGAGUGUCCGACACACAAACCUGCAAGGGUGAAACCAGGAUUUCUAGCUGACGCUCCUCCACAGAUCAGUCAAGUCCACAUACCGGCAUGAAGAUGGCAUAGUUGAAGCAGGUUGCACUGUCCCGCAGCUCCAGCUGAGAGCUCAUAUUCCGCCUUCUCUGGUCGUCGAUGAUGAAAAACCCUCGAGACGUCUGUCUGACUGGGUCCACGUGAAGUGCAUAAGAAAUGUUGAUUCUGGGGUCCACUGUUCCUGACAUGCAGGGACAAACAUCCUGGUCAGGCAUUCACACUCUGAAGAAUGACUGGAGUUCUGGCUCUUACCGGCCUUGCUCUUCGUUCUUUCUGUCAUUUCAAAACAAGCUUCGAUACCAACCAUCGGCAGAUUCACUUUCGAGUCCCCGAGGCAGUCGAUCUUGUCUAUGUUGAUCUCAGCUGGGCGAAAAGACAGAAUGGCCUCAGCGUGGAACACGGGUCUGGACCUGAGAGACAUGGAUGACACCUCAUAUCUGCCUACUGUUGUCUUGUUGCCUCACUAGCACACUGACUUGUACCUCAAAACGAUCACUGCGCCCUGUGAUCCGACCACAAUGUCGGUGAGUCCGUCCUCUCCCAGGUCCAUUUGGCCAUCAAUAGCCUGCCCAAAGAAUCUCAGUCCAGGACCCAUUGCCCUUCCUCUGAUUCUCUGAAGCGACAGGAGAACAUGUGAGGGCUGAACAUCUAAGGUGAAUUGGACUUUUUUGGUGUCUUGACUUUUUAAUCUUCAUCCUAUUUUAGGGUACCUCCAUCAAUCUCCUCUGUGGCCUUCCUCUCCACCUUCUGCCGGGCAGUUCCAACCUCAACAUCUUCAUCUACCAAUGUACUGGCUCUCUCUCUCCUCUGUACAUGUCCAAACCAUCUCCAUCCAGCCUCUCUGACUUGGUCUCCUAAACACCUGAGCACAUGUGCUGUCCCUCUGGUCCUAUCAUCAUCCUGCUCUCACUCCCAGAGAGAAGCUCAGCAUCUUCACCUCUGCUACCUCCAGCUCUGACUCCUGUCUUCUCCUCAGUGCCACUGUUUCCAAACCAUACAACAUUGCUGGCCUCACCACCCUUUGGACACUUUCCCUUUCAUCCUUGUCGACACCCUUUUGUCACACAUCACACCUGACACAUUUCUCCGAUGAUUCCAUCCUGCCUGCACCCUCUUCUUCACCUCUUUCUCACACUCUCCAUGGCCCUGGACAGUUGAGCCUCAGUAUUUCAAAUCCCCCACCUUCUUUAUCUCUGCAUCCUGUAACUUCACCUGUCCACUUGGCUCCCUCUCAUUCACACACAUGUAUUCCGUCUUACUGCGGCUAACCUUCAUUCCUCUCCUCUCUAAGACAAACCUCCACCCCUCUACGAUCACCUUUGCUGAGAAAAAGAUGAGGAGUCUCCAUAAAAGGUCAGCUGUCAAGUAUGACAUCACAGUCAAGUGCUGAGUUGUUUCCCUCAUUCUGUUGAGUGAGGUGGGCAGGCAUCCGUUUCUAUGGGGAGAUUUUUCACCUUAGUAGGCCAUGGUAACAGUGUUUCUUCCUUCAAAGGCACAUUUUUUAUAUGUGCCAUGUGUGGGUGCCUCCUGUCUGGAGAAGAGCCAAUAAUUGAAUAAUGCAUAAAUUACAUUGUACACCUUGGAGAACCUCAGAAUCAGAUUUGUUCUCUUGCCUUCCUUGUUUCAUGAGCACACUAUAAUACAUGAUUCAUAUUAGUAAUAAACAGGAAAUCCUUGUUACCUGAUGAAAAGUGCUGCGGAUGCCAUUUUGCUUGUCACCAAGGAAGAUGUACACAACACCCCGGCUCUCAUCCUCCAGCGGAGCUCCGACUGCCACAUCUCGCAGCGCGUCCCCGUUCAAAUCUGCAAGGCUGGCGAUAGUUGUGCCGAACCUACCCAUAGAUGGCGCGGUCACGCUCAGCACGCUGUUUAACCGCAACUGCAGAAGUAAACACAUCAGCAGGACGUGAGCUAAAUACAAAUUCCCCAACUGAGAUUGGAACGUUCGGCACCUCAUCUGUGAGCGAGUAGACGUAGAACUUUCCUUCUGUCUUGUCUUCAGGUACGAAAAACAGUGGGGCUGCCACCAACAGGAAGUCGGUGACUCCAUCAGAGUCUAUGUCCACAGAACAAAGCUCUGCCCCGAAGUAGGAUCCGAUCUGUGGUUAAGAGAAUGAUCACAAUGAAAAGGUCAAAUAUUCACAGAGGUUUCCUGCUGCCCAGCACCGAUUCACUGCAGAGUUAGACCAACACUGACGUGUGUUAAGUUACUAACCCGCUCGCCGUUGAUUUUUUGGACCACUGUCGAAUUUUUUGCUUCCUUUUUGAAGAUCACGAUUUGCCCAACAUGCUUAAAUCUUGGAGCACCGGUGAAGUACAGACGAACCUCAUUCUUCUCUGCCACAGCGAUGGAGUAUCCUGCGACGCAGAGAUUAUCAUGUUUUUCUGUGAAUUUGCUCAACUCAUCUUCUGGUUGAAGUUGCCUUUGAAAUCAGAACUUGCUUCUUAGAAUAUAAGGAUUCACUCGAGAUAAAAAAAAAAAAACUAAAACUAAAAUCCAUUUUCUGAGUCGAAUGCAAAUACUUGUCUUCGGUAAGAGUGUCCUGGUCCGGGAUCGUUUCUUGAGUCCCUGCUGGAUAUUUUUGAGUCUGGAGUGGAUUGGCUGGUCCCAAUAUUGUCUACUGUAAACACUGCUUUCAGUUAUGAGCAACAUCCCUUAAGACUGAAUUGUAUUUGACUGAAUGAAUAUUUAUUUCACUCCUGCAUCAAGCGUAGAUACAAGGACACUCUCAUAUUAACCUGAUCUGCAGGUCAAAAAUGAGCUGAGCUCUUGCUUUUGCAACUGUCUUGUCUGCUGCCUUUGAUCCACGAUAUUCAUAAACUGCUUUAUAAAUUGCUUUAUUGUACUACCAAGAAUUCACAUACUGUAUCAGAAGAAAGAUGAUCAUUUUAAAACAAAGAAAUUGUAAAUACCCAUGUAUGAGUCCUUCUCCAUGAGUGGGUCUUCUAUCUGAUUCUCUGAUUCCUUUUGACGCUCGUGUAGAGCCCCGCGCCAGCUGUUGGAUCCCACCGAACCCAAAAUUAAGGUAUCCUGUCAAGAGAUACUCAGAGGUUAGUUCUAGCUGAAAUCACGUGUUGCCUUUUGGCAAACAGAAUCUUCAGCUCAUGGUUCUGUUAUUUGGGUACCUAACCACACUGAUGGAGAUUUGGAGACUAACCUUAUGGGCGACGAGACUGAAUCCCGACUGAGACAUUUCUUUGGUCAUUUCUCCUGCUCGAGCCACUGUAGAUCCUGGAGAAAUGACAAGUACAGCCAUGCAUUUGUGUAUUUACUGUUCCGACAUGCGUGAAGCUCUUUACCUUCGACGCUGAAGAGGUGUGUUUGGAAAUUCUCCAGGAUUCCUGUUAGUCCGUUAUAGUCUUCGAUUUUGAAGGUGUUGUUUUUUUUGGGGUGUGAUGCAAUUUCCUGGAUUUUAUCCAUGUUUGCGAUUUUCACCUUUUAAAGACACAGCAUUCAGAAUACUAGUCCAAAACCAGAGUCACAGUCACAUCAAUUCGAUUAGCUUACUACCAUAAAUUCUGCAUUAUAGAGCGCACUGGAAUACUAGCCACACCCACUAAAUUUAAGAAGGAAAACAGAUCGUGUUCGUACAUAAGCUGCAGAGGUCUAUAAGCCACAGGUGCAGUGGUGCUGUCUGUGCCGUAGAAAGGUCAGUGGUUCUUAAGAAUGCAAAAGAAUCACUUCUAAACUAGUUUUGAAAACAGACAGAGCACAUAAGAUUGAGGUGGUGGAUGGAAAAAAGUAACAAAGUUGUCUUAUCUCUCUGUGAUUUAAGCUCACGGGUACCGAUCCACCUUACAUUUGUUGUUGAGUGAAUUCUUGAAUUGUUUGCAAUCUUAUUUUCGGCCUAGAAAUUGGCUGCAGAUGAGAUGAUUUUCUUUUCUUUCGUAAUGGUUCAGCUCCUCUUCUAACUUGGGUUUCAGCAUUGUUUCACAAGUGUUUUGGCUCCGUCUCACUUAUACUCCUUCAGUUUCAUCACAUUUUCAUGGGACCCAUGUGAUGUCCUUCCUGUUUUAUUCUGUAGUUCUGCAGCUAGUCAUCUUCUUUUUUUCUGGCUGAGUCUUUUAUUUUUGCCAGAAGCUUUGCCUGGUGCUCAGGGGCACUGGGGUCAUUGAUCUGGGAACGUUCAGCAGCCUUUAAUUUUCUUCUUCUCUCGUUCUAUUUUUUACUCAUGGCUUGUGCUAGACUUGUUUUGUUCUUUGCUUUACUGUAUUUCUCAGUUGUCUGUCCUACCCUUUAAAAAAAGUCACGCCUGUGUAGCUCCUGAACAAGAACUCUACACUGAAAUAGCGUUUAUCGAACUAAAAUAGUGAGAUUUUUUUUCCCUCCCAGUAGACGGAGACAUUACAUCAUACCCCAAUGACAAAUCUGAUGAUGGAUUUUUUAUCAUAGGUCUUGAUGAUGGUGUUGUUCUCGUAGUCCAUGUCGGUAGGAUUGCCGUCAGUGAUCAGAACCAGAACCUUGGUGGCGUCAGGAGAAGCGCCGUCUGCCGUGUUGUCAAAUAUGGUGUCCCUGAAAGCACAAGCAGCAAGUAUGUGAAAAGAAGAAUCUAGGUUUUGUGAGCAGGAAUGUCAACUUAGCUGUUGCGUCACUCUGAAAAUGAUGAAUUGUAUAAGUUGCUACUUAAAUGUUGCAUUCGUUGUUGGCAUAGUUGAGCUGAAUUAUACAUAAAAUGUGCAGAAGAGUUGGUUUCUUGACUUAAUAAACUGAUAGAAUACAACUUACAGCAGAAACUCGAGCGCUGCGUACGUGUUGGUCAAAGACAUCAUGUGAGGUUCCCUUUCGAUUUUCUCCUGAGCAAGUCCAUUGGUGUAGUCAUUGAAAGUGAAAACUGUACGGUGUUCGCUGGCAAACUGAACUGCAGCAAACUUAAAGGUGCAAAAAAAAUAAAUAAAUAAAUAAAAAAAUGUAAGGUCAUUUUCUUCAAUUGGAUUCAUAUAUGAAAGGAAAUAAAUGCUUAGCUUUGCUCACCUUUAUUGAAGUAUCGCCGAGACUGCUCAUGAUAUUCAAUAUAAAAUCUUUAUUCUUUUUGAAGUCGAUCUCACCCAUGCUGCCCGAUCCA